AUGGCGGCGACUCCUCCCGCCGCCGCCGCCGCCGCGGGCGGGGCGCACCACAGCGUGUUCGUCUACGGGAGCCUGAUGGCGGAGGAGGUGGUCACCGCCAUCCUCAAGCGCGUCCCGGCCUCCUCCCCGGCGCUCCUCACCAACUACCACAGGUUUAACGUCAAGGAUCGUAUUUAUCCAGCAAUCCUACCUGUUGAAAACAAGAAAGUUGCUGGGAAGGUUAUGAUGGGCAUUUCUGAUGCAGAACUCAUUGUCUUGGAUGCAUUUGAGGAUUUUGAGUAUGUAAGGAGAAGAGUUCAGAUAUCACUAACCGAUACAUCAGAGAUAAUGCAUGCUGACACUUAUGUAUGGAGUGAUGCAGAGGAUCCAGAUCUGUAUGGUGAAUGGGAUUUUGAGGAGUGGAAGAGGGUUCACAUGAAGGAUUUCCUAACGAUGACACUUGGAUUCAUGGACGGACUCGAACGGCCCGAACCGAAGACCCGGGUCGAGACCUACCAGUCUUUCAUGCACGAGCACGAACAACCUGAAUCAGGAACCCAGGUCGAGAGUUGA